CAAAAACCAACAGAAGAACCCCAAACAGCUUUAAAUACCCUAAAAAGGUCAACAAUCAGAUUAAAAUCCCUUUGACAUGACCAAUUAUGGUUUGCUGAGUACAAUGUUCUGUAUUUGGUGAACUAAGCUGUCUGAAGCUGGGACAGAAGCUGAUCUGGAUUUAUAAGAAUCCCAGAAAUUAGAUUAGCUAGGUGAAUGUGCUGAUCUGAUAAAACAUGGAAGUGGCUACAAGACAACAGAUCAGACAGCUGAUAGUGGCAUGGCAAAGUCUGGAAUUAUGAAUUACAUCUGUGGUGGGUUGACCUUGGCUGGAUACCAGGUGCCCACCAAGCUGCUCUAUCACUCCCCUCCUCAGCAGGACUGGAGGGGGAAAAAAUAAGAUGGCAAAAAACUUGUGGGUCAAGAUAAAGGCAGUUUAAUAAAGCAGAAGCAAAGGUCAUGUGUGGAAGUAAAGGAAAACAAAAGAUUUAUUCUCUGCUUCACAUCUGCAGGCAAUGUCUGGCCACUUGCUGGGAAGCAGGGCUUUGGUAUGCAUAGAAGACAAAUGUCAUAGUAACGAAUGCCCCCACUUCCUCCUCCUUUUCGCUCAGCUUUUAUUGCUGAGCAGACAUCCUAUGGUAUGGAAUUUCCCUUUGAUCAUUUUGGGUCAGCUGUCCUGGCUGUGUCCUCUCCCAAGAUCUUGCCCACCCCCAGCCUACUGGUGAGGAGGGGGAAUGUUGGAAAGACAGCCCUGAUGCUGUGCCAGCACUGCUCAGCAGUAGACACAACGCUAGUAUGUCACCAGCACCUCGCUGACUGCCAAUACACAGCACAGCACUGUGAGGGCUGCUGUGAGGAAAAUUAACUCUAUCUCAGCCAGACCCAGUACAACAUCAAGCAAAGAUCAGCAUUAUGCCACUAGGCAAGACAUCUGAUUCAGUCAUCUUAUGGAAACUAUAGUAAAGUAUAUAUCUGUGUCUAUCAUUCCCUUGCUUUCUAUUAUUCUUUAACUCAGGGCACUUAUAUUUUGACAGUGUUGGGACAGCUUCUUUUGGUUUGAUUGAUUAUUUUAUCAGCAGAUCAUAUCUAAAACUUCAAACAAGAGUCAUUCUAAACCUUUCCAUCAGGGUGAAAGAACAUACUUGGCACACACGUGCACACAGAGGAAAAACGCAGUUCCUAAAAUGUCACGUGAGUUUCUUUUUUCAGUCACUCCAAAGACAGGACUGAUGAUACUUGCUCCCUCACACACCGAAAUAUCUGCUUCACUCGGGUAUCCCAGGCAAUGGAUUGGUAAUCUGGAUAGCUGGUCUGAAAAUGAAAAGGUCUGUGAACAUCGUCUGGUUCCUAAACCUUGCUGUGGCUGACUUCAUGUGCUGCCUGUCCUUGCCAUUUUUCAUUGUUCACCUGGCUCUCCAUGAACACUGGCCGUAUGGUUGGUUCCUCUGCAAAGUCAUUCCAUCAGUCAUAACGUUCACUAUGUUUGCUAGCGUCUUCCUACUCAUGGCCAUCAGCAUUGACCGGUGCCUCCUCGUGAUGAAACCUAUCUGGUGUCAAAAUCAUCGAACGCUGAAAUUUACAUCACUAAUAUACAGUGGCAUUUGGAUCCUGGCCUUCAUUUUCUGCUGUCCUGUCUUCCACUACCGUGAGACUAGCACUCAUGAUGGCAAAACUGAGUGUGGGUACAAUUUUGGAGAUGACGAGGACAUAGAUUACAUAGAUGAAUACUCACCUUUAGCCUACAAUGACUCAUGGGUAAAUUUCUAUGAAAGUGAUUAUUCUGUAUCCCUUGCCUUAGUAGUAAUAAAUAUCACUAGGGCUGUCUUUGGCUUUGUACUGCCCUUUGGCAUAAUGGCAGUUUGCUAUGCCCUUAUUGCUUUCAGAAUGCAUGCAAAUCAGUUUCACAAGCCACGCAACAGGACGCUGCGAACAAUUGCGCUCGUGGUAGCUGCAUUCUUUAUCUGCUGGGCUCCAUACCACGUAGUUGGGAUUCUGUCCCUUGUACCUACUCUUGGAACAGGACUGAAGGAGUCAUUGAUCCUCUGGGAUCACCUCUCUACAGCACUUGCAUAUGCCAACAGCUGUAUCAAUCCCUUGCUCUAUGUUUUUGUGGGACGGGACUUCAGGGCAAAGGCACAGCAAUCAGUGCACGGAAUCUUGGAAGGUGCCUUUAGUGAGGAACCAACACGUUCGAUCCCGUACUCCCUUGACAGAAGCAAGACUUCAACAGAAAAGGACAUUAGCAGCGCAGUGUAAACACAGGACUGCCAAUCAGCAGAGUAGAAAAAGCAAGCUAUGGCCCUGCACUUCAAUCACUCUCCACUUAACAGCUUUUCUUGCUCCAACACAUUUGAUUAAUAUGCAGAUCCACAGACAUGGCACCAAGAUGGUUCAGAUCAGAACGGCUAACUCCCAUUAUAUCCCACGCUGGAGAGAGGGGAAGUUGGAAGUACCAAGAGUAAUAAUCUGAGGGAAGACUCCUGGUAAAGCAGGAGACACAGAGUACUUGAACUUUUAAAGAAGAAAGCAGGUUUGCAGAAUGAUUUGUGGUGGGAUCAUGUAGUUUAAUCUCUGAAUUGCUAGAUGAGAAUGUCCUGUUAUUUGCAUAUGUCUAUGUUCUACAUCUCCUGUCUCUGAUAAACUGCAAAUGAAACUA